GCAGAAAAACAAUCCCAUCACCAUCUCCACCGCAGAUAGACUAGCUAGUGAGCUCCCUCAGCUUCCCCAAACCAAUCCCAAUUAUCCCAACCCUUGACUCUCCUCACCACCUCCUCCCCUUUUAUCCGACACAAAAGACAAAAAACCAAUACAAUGACCUCCCACCGCGCCGACGCCAGCACCUUCCUCGACAACCGAGGCUACAGCGGCCCCCUAGUCCGCGGCGUGAACCCAGCGACUCUGUUCGAAAAAGCCGUUCGCGACCGCAUCACCGACUCCUACUACUGGAAAGAGCAAUGUUUCGGUCUCAACGCCGCGACGCUCUGCGAUCGCGCCGUGGAAAUGACCUCCAUCGGGGGUGUCUACGGCGUAUCCGAAAAGCCAUCCCCAUUCCUAUGUCUCGCAUUCAAGCUCCUCCAACUCAACCCAGAGCGAGACAUCAUCCUCGAGUAUUUGAAUUUCAGCGAUCCUGCCAACGAUGAAGAUUCCACGGGACACGAAAAAAGAGAACACGAUGAUGGUGUUGUGAAAGCACGCGGCGAUUUCAAAUACCUCCGCGCACUAGCGGCAUUUUACGUGCGGUUGACGUUCGAGCCCGUGGAGGUGUACAAGACGCUGGAACCGCUGUUGUUGGAUUAUCGGAAGUUGAAGAGGCGGGUGCGGGAUUCGUUUACGUUGACGUAUAUGGAUCAGUUUGUGGAUGAGUUGUUGACGAAGGAGAGAGUUUGUGGUACGAGUUUGUGGAAGUUGCCUGCUAGGCAGGUUUUGGAGGAUUUGGAUUUGUUGGAGGUCAGGGUUAGUCCGUUGCAGGAUGAGUUGGAGGAGAUGGAGAGGAGUGAUCGGGAGGAGGAGGAUGAUGAUGAUGAGAAGGAUGAUGCGGAUGAGGGGAGUGAGGAGGGGGAAAGGCAGGGUGAUGAUUGAGGUAUCGGCUUGGUGUGUGGUGAUUUUUGACCUCUUUUCUGAGCCUGGGAAUUGCGGCGCGGCUGAGCUGGAUUAUUGGCCUGAGGACGCAAGCAGAAUGCUGCGCAAAAGCCUGGAUCCCUGGGGCUGUCGGUUAGACGGUGCGGGAUUGAUGGCUAUCAGAUCCGUGUGGUGGUCCACAGGUCGUGCUGUCUAGCACCUACUCUCGCUGCUGAUGUGCAGCCAUUCGGAACCGCUCCAGCGAUAUCUACGU